AUGAAAGCUUUGAUACUUGUGGGAGGCUAUGGUACGAGAUUACGGCCUUUGACACUCUCAAAACCCAAACCCAUGGUGGAAUUUGCUAAUAAAGCGAUGGUAGUCCGCCAAAUAGAAGAGCUAAAAAAGUCUGGCGUUUCUAUUAUUAUUCUCGCCGUCAACUACCGGUCGAACGUGAUGGAAAAGUUUUUGAAAGAUUAUGAAAAACUGCUUGACGUAAAGAUUAUCGUUUCUGAAGAAAAUGAGUCUUUAGGGACGGCCGGCCCUCUGGCCUUAGCUCGAGAUAUCCUCCAAUCAGAUGAUGAACCUUUUUUUGUUUUGAAUAGCGAUGUUGUUUGCAACUUUCCUUUCGAUAAACUUUUGCAAUUUCAUAAAUCACACGGUAAAGAAGGUACAAUAUUGGUUACUAAAGUCCCUAAUCCGUCGGCUUACGGGGUUAUUGUGAGCAAAUCAAAUGGAGAAAUUAUUCAAUUUGUCGAAAAGCCAUCCGUUUACGUUUCGAAUCGAAUCAACGCCGGAAUUUACAUUUUUGAGACUUCAAUACUAAAGCGCAUUGAAUUAAAGCCAACUUCUAUAGAAAAAGAAGUUUUUCCGUUUAUGGCCCACGACAAGGAGUUGUACUGCAUGGAUCUUGACGGUUUCUGGAUGGACAUAGGCCAGCCUAAAGAUUAUUUAACGGGAUUGGCUCUCUAUUUGGACCACCUGCAAAAAACUGCCAGCAAAGAACUUUCGGAAGGCCCCAAUAUUAUUGACCCCGUGCUUAUUGAUCCUUCGGCUAUUAUUGGACAAGACUGCAUUAUUGGGCCGCACGUGGCUAUUGGUGCUAAUGUUCUGAUAGAAAACGGCGUGCGAAUAUCGCGUUCCUGCAUUUUAGACGGCUCUACUAUUAAAAGUUACGCGUGGAUACACUCUUCUAUUAUUGGCUGGAAGUCAAGUGUUGGAAAAUGGUGUCGAGUUAAUAAUAUUUCUGUUUUGGGCGAGGACGUUACUAUAAACGAUGAAUUUUAUAUAAAUGGCGCUAAAAUUUUACCGCACAAAACUAUUUCUGAAGAUAUUCACGAACCGAAAAUUAUAAUGUGA